CAAGACAACAUGGAGCCGACCGCAGUAGCCAGUUUUGUGGACUUAAAAAUACGUGAAAGCCAGGCGGGCUUACUUACGCAGCUUGAUACUCUUAUUACUAAUAAACUCGGGGCUUUUCAGCAACGCAUCAGUGACACUCAACGUGAUUUGAGUGAGGCUCAAAUCGCAAAGAUUGAAGAUAUGAGCAAGGAUCAAUACAAAUUUCGCAAACGCGGCAACGAAGAGCAGUAUAAAGUUAACGUGAAGGUUACGAGGAAACUCAAGGAGGCUGACGCAAUUUUGAAAGAUGAUGACAUCACGGGAAAAGCUGAAGCGCAACUGAAAAUCAGUGAAGGUAUUCAGAUUUUAGAGCACAGGCAGAAACUGAUUAAAAUAGCAGACAGUUCAGAUGGGGGCUGGAACACGGUUGAUGAAUACGAGAAGAACAGUUUGGCGGCAGAUUCCGAUGACGAGAAGCGUCUUAUUCGUGCAGAAUCGCGAGCUCACCGGAAGAAAAAGAGCAGGGACUUAGGAAGGAAGAAACCAUUCGUCUCUAGAUUCACGCCUUAUAAAUCAGCAUACGUGGGCAGAGGUUCGAGCACCAGCACAAGUUUUGGACCACCUUUGCAGUCACAGGAGCCGCCGAGAGCUACGCGUUUGUUCGCUGGCAGGAAGCCUGGCUCGUGUUUCGCCUGUGGCAAGGCGGGGCACUGGAGGGCUGAGUGCAGAGAGAUGGGCGGCGAUGCCUCACAGAAUGCAAAAUCUAGGUAUCCAGGAGAGAAUUCAGGGAGAGAUCGAGGCAGCUGGGAUUAAAUCGGACAAGUUUUCUGAGUUUUCCAGGAUUAUGGCUCAGCAGAUGUUGGACGCUAAGAGUGAAAGCACUACAAAGAGGUAUUGUUCGGGUUUUGAUAGAUGGAAGACAUUUAUUUUAGCGGAAGGAGGUGAUCCUUUACCAGCACAGCCGAUUCAUGUCGCUUUAUACAUUUCUAAUUUAAUGAAUCAAGGGUCUUCAGUCAGUGUUGUGCAAUCCGCUUUAUAUUCAAUUAAAUGGGCACACAAUAUGAUUGGAGCAAGUGAUCCUACUGAAAAUUCUUUUGUUAAAAACUUGAUGGAGAGCGCAAAAAGACAAUCAUCGAAACCGGUUGUGAAGAAGGACAUAGUGACAUCUGAGCAAAUCAUUGAAUUAUGUGAAAAAUACAAAGGGAGUAAAGACAUUGUAGUGUGGAGAGAUCUCGCUUAUAUAGUGCUUAGUUAUUCUGGUUUUUUGAGAUCUGAUGAAGUAUUAUCUUUAAAGGGAGCUGAUAUUGAAUUUCAGGAAGAUUUUAUGUUAAUUCAUAUCCGUAAGAGCAAAACGGAUCAAUAUCGUCAGGGUAAUUCUGUUGUAAUUAGUAUGGGGCAGACGAGUGCUUGUCCUGUUAGCGUCUUGAAAACUUAUGUUGAAAUGGGGAACAUAAAUGUAGCUUCAGGGUCUGAUGAGUAUGUUUUUAGACCAUUGUAUUGUAACAAAGGAAAAAAGGGGCUAACAAAGAAAAACAAGCCCAUUAGUUAUACAAGGGCCCGUGAAACAGUAUUGGCCCGGUUACGAGAAGUUUGCGGUACUGCAAAUUUAGGUCUUCAUUCUUUAAGAGCUGGUGGAGCUACGGCAGCGGCCAGGGUUUCGGUACCAGAUAGGAUGUGGAAGAGGCAUGGAAGGUGGAGAAGCGAAAAGGCCAAAGAUGGCUAAGUUGAAGAUAGUAUGGAGCAUAGGCUAUUGGUUUCUAAAUCUUUACAUUUGUAGGAUAUACAUGUAUAUACAUGCGUUUCAUAUGGUUAUGUUUUAUUUGGGUUAAAUAUGGAUUGAGGAAGUCAGUUAUUUUUUGAUAUAUAUGCAAAUCACACUACCGGUACUUUAUUAAAUUGGCUGAAAUGUAUAAGUGUUGAAAAGCCAUAACUUUGAAGGAGUAUAUUAUAAUAAGGGUUCAAUUUGUUUUAUGCAUCAUGCAUUUGGAAUUGAAAUUCACAGGUUUCAUAGGCUAUUAAUAAUCACAUAAAUGAAAGUGUAUGUAACAUGAGUCGUGAUGUUACUUGGCAUAUAAGGUAGUCGUUUGAAAAAUCAUCAAAGAUAAUAAUAAUAUUUGGUGGGAGUAUGGUUGGAAAUUUUUUAUGUACAUAUUAGAUGACGAUAAAUCAAAUUUGUUUUCUGUGGCAGAGUUUAUACAUGAGCACUACGAUAAUGUCUAAAUUUGUACGAAAAUCAGUAUAGAACAUUUUAGAUAUAAAUGUUUAAUUUGUUUUCAUAUUUUAAUAAUUGCCUUUAAAAAUGAAAUUUUUUAGGCUAAGGAUUAUUUAUUUUGUUAAAUUGGUAUUGCUGCAGAUACAAUUGAGUAACUAUUAGGUUUUUUCGUGAAUUUCCUCAAGCUCGUUAUAGCUUUUGUUCCAGUUCUUUGAAAUUCUAGUCGUCCCACAAGCUAUCCCUCAAUAUAUAUUGUAUAUUGUGUAUUUUGUUUUGGUUGGUUGGGAGGGAUGGAAGUAUAAUGUAGGAGUGUAGAGAAAUGGCGUUUUUUGUUUCGGAUGUUUGUAAGAUGUUGAUUUAAUAGAGAAGA